UUAUCCAGUCCAUCAUUCUCCACUCUCCCGCGCUUACAGUCUCCUUUCCUCUCCACUCUCACUCUGGAAAUAAAUUUACCCCUUCGUCUCCGGCAACAACUCCUCCCCUCUCAGAAUUUUCUCUGGAGUGAGAAAGAUGGGCGCAUACAACAAUGACGACCUUGACUUUAUCCCUACACGAUGCGCCUCUCUUUUAUCGCAGGAUCUUACUUCCUCUAAGCACAUUCACGAUAACCUCCAUGGCAACAUCUACCUUGAACCGGUGUCAAUUUCUUCCUAUUCUCAAACUUCAACUUAUUUGAUUCCUUUUUUUUUUCCAAUUAAUUUAGUUUGGAGUCUGAAAUUGAGGUUAUAUACCUAGCUGUUAAAUUCCUUGUUAUUUGAUGAUGUGAAUUGCAGCUUUUUCUGAAAUUUGUGGAUACUCAACAAUUUCAAAGGCAAAUUCUCUCGACGCUAAUUCUCUCGACGCUAAUUCUUUACUUUGUUUGAGUUUUCGGUUUCUUGUUGAGGCUUCGCGAUUUGAAGCAACUCGGUGCAGCUCAUAUGGUGUUUCCUGGGGCUGUUCAUUCCAGAUUUGAGCACUCUUUGGGAGUGUAUUGGCUUGCUUCCCAAACUGUCCAUGUGCUUCGUAAUCGUCAUCGCAUGGAACUUGAUAUUGACAACUUUGACAUGACGACUGUAAAACUUGCUGGUCUCUUGCAUGAUGUGGGGCAUGGGCCUUUCAGUCACUUGUUUGAAAGCGAGUUUCUUCCACGAGUCCUCGACGGUUCUAAAUGGUGCCACGAGGAAAUGUCUGUGAAGAUGAUUGACCACAUUGUUGACGAGCACCAUGUUGAUAUUGACUCUGCGAUUAUUAAAAGAGUGAAAGAGAUGAUACUUGCAAGCUCUGAAUCUGCAUUACCAAAAAGUACAAAGGAAAAGCAAUUUUUGUUUGACAUUGUUGCCAAUGGGCGUAAUGGUGUAGAUGUUGACAAGUUUGAUUACAUUGUUCGUGACUCCCGAGCUUGUGGCUUAGGGUGCAACUUUGAGUUCAACAGACUGAUGGAACAAAUGCGGGUUUUGGAUGAUGAAAUAUGCUAUCCUGCCAAGGAUUAUCUUACUGUUUACAAGUUAUUUUCUGCUCGUGCUGAUCUCUAUCGUACAGUUUACACGCAUCCAAAAGUGAAGGCAGUUGAGCUCAUGAUAGCAGAUGCCCUUGUCGAAGCAAAUUCGUACUUAGAAAUAUCUUCUUGCAUUCAAGAGCCAUCUGAGUAUUGGAAGUUGGACGACACUAUAAUUAAAACCAUUGAGACUGCUCCUGAUCAAGAACUGAAGGAAGCUAAAGAUAUAAUAAAGCGCAUUAGGAGGAGGGAUUUGUAUCAGUUUUGCAAUGAGUAUGCCGUUCCCAAGGAUAGGCUAGAACAUUUUAGGAACGUAAGCUCUCAAGAUAUUGUAUGUUCGCAGAAAUGUUCCGGGGUGACGCUAAAAGAAGAUGACAUUAUUGUGAGCAAUGUUAGGAUUGAUCUGACUCGUGGGAGACUUAAUCCUCUUGAGAACAUCAAUUUUUUCCAGGAUCAUCAUAGUAGCAACAAGUUGUCAAUAAAAGAUGAACGCAUCAGCCACUUACUCCCUGCAUGUUAUCAAGACAUGAUAGUGAGGGUCUACUCGAAAAAGCCCGAUUUAGUACCUGCAGUAUCUGAGGCAUUUGAGAACUUUCAGCUAAAAACCUAUGGUACAAAAACACAAUUAUAUGGAACACCGGAGAAGAAAAGGCGCAGGUCGUGAGCAUCCCCUUUCCCUAGUCCCUACUAUGCUGAACUCGCCUUUUCUUACGGACAAGAGUAUAUAAUUGCAAGUUCUAUCAAGUAUCUAUCCUAUAAUGUUUAUCCUACUUCGAUCCCCACAUUGAACCUAAGUUGGAAGGAAAAAGUACAGAAAAGAAACAAUAUCUGCAUCAUCUGGAGAUUACUUGGUAUUAUUUGAACCUACUAUUAACAUCCAUGUAUCAAGGAAUGUAUGUUAAGGAAGUAUCUUCUAAGUUUUUGUAAUUAGGAACCAGGUGUGAGUAUUUCAUCUUUUUUUGGUGUGUCAAUGGACAAUGACGAUUUACACAAGUAUAUGUUGAAAUUUGUAUUUCUUUCA